AUGAUGCUGGGUUUUCAUGUGUUUUUGUUAGUGUUUUUUUUGAAUAAUACAAAAAAUGUUGUGAUAUUUAUUUACAGGUGUUUAUGUGAAGAUCUUUACGGCUUCAUUCUAAUGCGCCCCAUUGUUUUCCUUCCUGUAGUUGGUAUUUAUGCAGAUGGUUUACUCUCAAAUAUUUUUCACAUAAACCCGUUCAUUCAAAUUGUUGGAUUUUUCUUAUUGAUUCAUAUCAAUGCCGGAGUUAUUCUUCAUAUUUGUUUAUUCCGGCUCAAAGUGAUUAUUCCAAUAUCUUUUAAAUGUUAUAGUUUGGUGGUUAAAAGUGGAAAAUGGUUUAUAGCUCUUAUGUAUUUUUUCUGUAUUACUUCCACCUCGAUAUUCUUGUUGUUGCUGGAAGAUCAGAACGAGGCAAAAUUCUACAUCUCUCAGGCAAAAAUAAUUUCAAAAAAUAAAUUUAUGUAUAAUAAUUUUAGACAGUUUCACCACUUCCAACAAUGUUUUGGUCCGACAAAUAUGUGGUUUCAACGGCGAAAUCUAAAAACUUUUAUAGAUUUCUCUAUACGUGUUUAUGUUUUGUUGUCAGCAACAUUUCUAUGUGUUCUUGUGUUGUACUAACCGCAUUUGGUGUACUCUACCGGACAAAAUCCAAUAUAUCAGCAAAGGUUGUAGAAGCACAGAAAGUACUAUUAAAAGUGCUUAUUAUUCAGGUAUACAUUUUUUUCUGACCUAUCAAAAGGACAUAUUUCAGAUGACAGUAGUAGUAGCAUUUCUAAUUCUUCCUAACACUGUUGUUGGAUUCUCUAUGAAAUAUGAUUUGCAAUCACUACCAACAUUAAUCAUUUCUUUGAGUCUUGUGAUGUCUCAUGGUUCUUUUUCAACAGUUACGUUGAUUUUUGGCACUAAGCCUUAUCGUCAAGAAGUUACGCAAAUAUUCGGAAAAUUUAAAUAUUGUUAUUGCACUAAACGACAUUUAUUACCCAACAAUACUAUUUCUCCAAUCGUAUGAGGUUUCUUCAAAAGCUGGAUACCAACCUUGCAUAAGCUAUAGUUUCGUUUUACCGUUAACACUUGUUUCAUUAAUUUUCAAAACUUCCCGAUACAUAAAAUUAGUUUAAAACUCUGAUAUACAUCAUUUCGCAAUUGAUCUUAGCUAGAGCUAGCUAGAGCAAAACUUAAUAGCUUUGGCCAUUCUUUUUUUUCUAACACUAUAAUUAUCAGUCACUUGUUUUAUUGGCGUUUCUUAUUCAAUUUUUUUCUUCUCAUAAACUCAUUUAAUUCAAUUGUUAUGCAGAACUUUGAUAUAAACCCAAUUGAGCAGGAAGAAUUUAUCUCGAAAUGUUCAUUUAUUAUGGAAAUAAGAACUAUACUUACUUUGCCAUUUUAUAUUCUUGCAUUGCUUUGUAUCUUUAUGAAAAGUCAAAACUUUCAAAAACAUUAUAAAACAAUGCUGGCAGUUCAUGUUUUUUUGUAAGUUUUAUUUCAUCAAACAAUUAUAAAAACCUAUUCUUCAGUUGUCUCAUUGAAGAUAUUUAUGGAUUUAUUUUCAUGCGACCUGCUGUUUUUCCUCCAGUCAUUGGUGUUUACACCGAUGGUAUUCUUUCCAAUAUUUUUAAUAUUCAUCCUUAUAUUCAAGUUGUUGGAUUUUUCCUCAUAAUUCAUUUGAAUGCAGGAGUCAUUCUUCAUAUCAGUUUUCAUCGACUAAAAAUUGUAAUUCCAAUGUCAUUUCGAUUCUAUAAUUUGAUGAUCACAAAAGGAAAAUGGUUCCUUGUUCUCAUGUAUAUUUACUGUAUGCUUUCAAUGUCAGCUUUUGGAUUGUUGAUUGAAAAUCAAGAAGAAGCUAAAAUAUAUAUAUCACAAGUUAGGAAAACAAACAUUUCUCUGUAUCACUUGCCAUUAUUUCAGACAGUAUCCCCUCUUCCAACAAAUUUUUGGUCCGACAAAUAUGUUGUAUCUUCAGCAAAAUCUCAAAACUUUCAACAUUUUUUGCAUUAUUCUGUGUUUUUUGUCAUCAACAAUGUUGUGAUUUGUUUCACUGUUGUAAUCGUUGCUUUUCGUAUUCUUGAUCGAACAAAAGCCAAUUUGUCAGUAAGGGUUCUAGAAGCACAAAAAUCAUAUUUGAGAGUACUUCUGAUUCAAGUAAGGAAAAUUAACAAAAAAGCAAUUAUCCAUGAUUUUUUAAAGGUGAUUGUUGUCAUUGUAUUUCUGAUCAUCCCAUUUACUGCAUUCGGAAUCAAUAUAAAAUAUGAUUUGCAAUCGCUAACACUUUUAAUAUCUUCAAUAGUUCUUACGAUAUCACAUGGUUCAAUAUCAACUCUUACCCUUAUGCUCAGCACAAAAUCCUACCGUCAAGAAUUCGCCCGAAUAUUCGGAAAAUGCAAAUGUUUUCCUUGCACCAAUCGACAUUUAUUACACAACAAUGUCAUUUCGUCAAUCCGAUGA